UUUGUAUGAAUGGGUCAAAAAUGACUCAACAGGGUAUAAAGGGUUAAGGAAACUUCUAUUAUCGUUUAUAAAUAUGCUUAGCUAAAUUGUGUUUCUGAGUUAUGUAUCGAGAUGAGUCAGAAAAAUUCAAAAAAGUUCUUACACUUCACUUAGAAACAACACAUGAUAUAAGCUGUGGAUGUGAGUGUGUGUCAUUGAUACUAAAUGACUAUCCACACAUACUAACACCUACAUCCUACUCUUCAUAAUAAGCAAAACUGAAAUAGCUGUUUAUGAAAACUUACUGGUCAUACUAAUAUUCCUGUUAUGUCAUAUUCCACCGAUUUCUGUCCUUUUGCAAAAAAAAGUAAGUCAAGUCAUCAGAAAGAGGAGAGUAAACUUCCUGGAUGUGGGUGCGAGUGUGAUUGAAAAGAAGGCUAACACACACACUCAUCACUUUAUCUAUAUUUUAUAACUGAAAAAAAAAUUAUCUUGCGCUUUACAGACGUUUGUGUGUCGAACGUUUUUUGAAAUUACACAUAAUCUGCAAAAGAGGAAGAAGUUUGAUUUAAAGAUGAUAUCAUACAGUUAACAUAUGGGUGGGCGUGGGUGAAGACGUAGAGGAAUAUUCAUACCUACAGUCGCACACCCACACCCCGCAUCCUCAUGCUUUAUUUAGUGACAUACUCUUUCAAAGAAAAAGAAAAAUUAAAUAUAUAGAUUGAACAUUGACAGAGAAUUCUAGAGUAUUCUAUCGAAAAACUACGGACAUAGAGAAUCUUAAAAUUUAAAACUCUAAAUACGAAUUUAAUAGAAUAUUCCAAACAAUCUGAGUCUUUGUUAAGAUCAUGUUGAAUUUACAUCUGACGACUAGGUAUUGUUUAAUCUUCUCUUUUUCCUUUCUCUUAUACGAUUAGCUGAAAAUUCAAGUGUUAAAUAAUAAAUUUCAAAUGAGAAAAAAAAAGACAAAUAGAAUCAAUGACUUAUACUCAUUUUCUACGUGUUACAUACCGUGCGUUCAGUUAUAUAGCUUUCAAUACUAUCGUAAACAGUCGUUUAAGGAUGUAUACGUUUUGAUUUAGGUUGAUAAAGAAUAUUACAAAAAAAAUUUUCCUUACCAUCUCAUAAUCAUAAAAAAAUUGAACAAAAUACUUUAAGAUCAUUGAGUUUUCUUGCGCUCGGCAAGUUCCUACGGUUCGAUAACCAAAAACUUCGACACGACAACUUCAAUGUGAGAAAAAAAUAAUCUGAUUUUUGAUUUAUUUAUUUUUAUAUAAUCGAAAAGAAAAAUAUCUAUUUGUAUUUAUUUUAUCUUUAGUAUCAUCUGAUGAUGUAGUCAAUCCAACAAAUGCAACAACACGUUAUGUUGAUAAUUCUGAGUCAGAUAUUGUUUAUCAGAUCUCAAUGUCAAAAAGUACUAAAAAAGGAGAUGAUGUUGUCACAAUUGGUGUACAUGAACUUGUACUUAAUGAAAAGUGUCCUGUAUUUGAUGAUGAUAAUUGUGAAAAAGUAUUUGUUAGUGUAGAAUUUCUUGAUUAUCCAGCAGAAUAUCUUGAAACACCAUAUGCAUUAGUAAAAGGAGAACCAAAUACGAAAUAUAGUUUUGAUUUUCAGACUGAAUGUUCGGUACGUGAUCAACCAAAGAAACAACAACUUGCUGAGCUUGUUGAACCUAGAUCUAGUGGAGAAAUAAAAUUUGUUGUCGUAGCUGAACCACCUGAAGAUCAACCAUCACUUGAUUGUGUUGAUAUUGGUGUUGCAACUGUAAAUGCUAAACAACUUUUACAUAAUCAAACUGAUCAUAUUAAUAAAAGCAUUGAUGUAUAUGGAAUGGAUGAUCAAACAAAAGUUGUUGGACAAAUGAAUGUAACUGUAUCAAUUGUUCAAGCAUUAAAUAAAGUAACACGACAAGGACAAAAUGUUCGUCGAAUACAAAGUUAA